AUGUUAUUAUUACUUUAUGCUCUUCUCGGUGCACUUCUCUUCUUUUGUUUAGAAGCAGAAAAUGAACGUUUAUUAAUUCGAAAAGAAUGGAAUCAAUUAGAGAGAUUGAGGCAACAAACACUUAGAAGAUUAGCUAGAGUAGAGAGGCAUCAUCAAAAAGAAGUUUUGAUACAAUUUGAAAGAGAAUUAGUUAAAAUUAAAUUACCUGAAGCUUUGGGUGAGGGAUUCUGUUUUGAAAUUAAAAUAAUAAUUUUAUAUUUUUUCUUUGAAGCUUGGGACUUUUGGGGUGCUUUAUUUUAUGUCCAAACAGUAUUUACAACUAUAGGUUAUGGGAAUAUAACACCUAGAACUACAGCCGGGCAAGCAUUUUCAAUUUUAUAUGCAAUUGUUGGUAUUCCUUUAGUUUUGGCUUUGUUAAAUCAAACAAGUAGAAGAAUGACUAGAUGGUUAAGUCAGAAAUGGAUAAAGUAG